ACCCAGCAGAACAAGAUGUUUCACGUUAUUCAGUAUCAGUCUUUAAGACUAAUAACCCAAAACAGUCUUUCUAGCAUGUGUUUUAAACUCAUGCUUUCAAGACCUGUUGCAUUUGCACGGAUAUGGAAGUCAUGGUUCUCAAGCCAUUCUCUUGUUGGAAACAAAAAUAUUAUCCUGAUGGGACCUCCGGGUGCUGGCAAAACAACGGUUGGGAGAAUAGUAGGUCAGAAACUAGAUUGCCCUGUCAUAGACAUAGAUGAUGAUGUCCUUGAAACAACCUGGAAUAUGAGUGUGUCGGAAAAACUGCAGGAUGUUGGUAAUGAGCAAUUUUUAGAGGAGGAAGGAAAAGCCCUGUUGAAGUUUUCAGCAUCUGGAAGUGUCAUUUCCCUUACUGGGUCCAAUCCAAUGCAUUCUGCUGGCAUGCAGCAUGUGAAGAAAAAUGGAAUAGUUGUAUAUCUGGAUGUGCCCACAACAGUCAUCAUGAGCAGACUGAAAUCAAUGAAAGUGGAUCGCAUCGUGGGCCAGUCUCCUGGUAUUUGUCUAAAGGACAUACUUCAGUUUAGAAAACAGUUCUACAAAAGGUGGUACGACAUCCGUGUUCUUUGUGGAGGGGAUAUUGCAGCAGAGAUUGUAGCAGAAAAGGUUCUUGAUGCUGUGAGGAGAUACCAAAACUCAGAACUGGAAACUUUCAUUUCAACUAGGUCUAGCAGGUCUGGAAGGAGUACAGAAAAAGAUUCUCGUAAAUAUUUCAGUGACGUUGUUACUGAGGGCUUAGCCCCUGAUGGAGGACUCUUUGUUCCUGAGAGAGGACUUCCAAAAUUCACUGCUGGAGAAUGGCAAAGCCUAAUAGAAGCAACUUACAUUGAAAGAGCCCAGGUGAUACUAGAAAGAUGCAUACAUCCUGCUGAUAUUCCUGCUUCUAAGCUGGCAGAAAUUAUUGGAACUGCUUAUGGAGAAAACUUUACUUGUUCUAAAAUUGCCCCAGUUAGGCAUCUGGCCGGCAAUCAGUUUCUCCUUGAGUUAUUUCAUGGACCAACAGCAUCAUUUAAAGAUUUUGCAUUACAGAUGGUGCCACAUAUAUUUGCAUACUGCAUUCCCAGAAGCUGCAAUUACUUGGUUCUGGUAGCUACUUCUGGUGACACAGGGAGUGCUGUCCUAGAUGGCUUUAGUCGUCUCCAUGACACUGACAAACAGAGAAUUGCUGUGAUGAAUUUUUUUCCUGAGGAUGGAGUAAGCCCAAUUCAAAAAACACAGAUGAUUUGCUGUCAGAAAGAAAAUGCCUGGUCAGUAGGUGUCAAAUCUGAUUUUGAUUUUUGCCAGACAGCUAUAAAGCAAAUCUUUACUAAUUCUGAUUAUACUGGCUUUCUUACAGUAGAAUAUGGAACAGCUUUAGCUGCAGCAAACUCCAUAAACUGGGCACGACUGCUUCCUCAGAUAGUUUAUCAUGCCUCUGCAUACCUUGAUCUUGUUCAUCAAGAUAUUAUUCCUUUUGGAAGCCCUGUAGAUGUUUGCAUUCCUACAGGAAACUUUGGCAACAUAUUAGCUGCUUUGUAUGCUAAAAUUAUGGGAAUUCCUAUUAGAAAAUGUAUUUGUGCUUCCAAUGAAAACAAUGUUUUGACUGACUUUGUAAGAACAGGUGUUUAUGAUUUGAGGGGAAGAAAAUUAAUUCCCACUUUUUCACCAGCAGUAGAUAUUUUGAAGUCCUCCAAUCUUGAGCGAUACUUGCACCUGAUUGCUAAUGAGGAUGGACAACUGGUGACACAAUUAUAUAACCAGCUGGAAAAUCAGGGCCACUUCCAGCUACGGAAAGAUCUACUUGAAAAGCUUCAGCAGGACUUGGUGGCUGGAUGGUGCUCUGAAGAGGACUGUCUAGCUGCCAUUCACUCUGUAUACAGUACUACCGGAUAUAUUUUGGAUACACACACAGCUGUUGCUAAAGUAGUUGCAGAUCGAUUACAAGAUAGAACUUGCCCAAUUAUUAUUUCAUCUACUGCUCAUUAUUCUAAGUUUGCACCUGCUAUCUUGAGGGCCUUGAGGAUUGCAGAAAUAAAACAGAAUCCAUUAAGUCAGCUUCACUUGCUGAGUUCUUACAGCCCUCUGCCCCCUGUCCACUGGGGUCUGUUAGAGACCCUGAAAAAGAAGGGGAAUGAGGAUCACCAGGUCUGUGCUGCUGAUAUGAGUAUGCUGAUGUCCCAUAUAGAAACCUUAAUUCAAAAUCAUUUUAUGAAAGUUUGCUGAGUAACCGAUCAGAUGUCCACUGUG